AUGACCGAUGCUGUGAUUGUGGCGCCCCUUCACCUCAAUGGGUGUGUCUCCCUUGCUCCCCAAUCGAUCCCCUCUAUUUACCCCCGCAAACGAACGAAACAACCCACGGCACCAUCCCCCCCUCAACCGGAGGCAUCUCCAAAAUUUGGCACAUUUAUAUGUCUCAACUGCGCAGGCACACACCGCGGCCUAGGCGUCCACAUCUCUUUCGUCCGCUCAAUCACCAUGGACGCCUUCAAGCACGCCGAGAUCCAGCGCAUGGAAUUAGGCGGCAAUGAUCCGUGGAAAGCAUUCUACGAUGAGCACGAGGUUACCGUCUCCGAGGGCCGGACAUUCGAGGACUCAACCAUCAAAGAGCGCUACGAAGGCGAGGCGGGCGAGGAGUGGAAAGAGCGCCUGUCGUGUAAGGUUGAGGGGAAGGAAUACGUCCUCGGUCAGGAGAAAAAAAAGAGCAAUAACAUUAACACUCCAGUGUCGAGAUCUAGUACGCCGAUGAGUGUGGGGACUGGUGGUGUUGGUGCUAGGACUGGCUCACCUGCGGGAAUGCAGCGGACGAGUAGUUUGAGAUCUACAGGGCCGGGACCGGCGAGCAAGAAGGAACAGAAUGAAGCUUAUUUCGCGAAGAUGGGCUCGGAGAAUGCUACACGCUCGGAUAAUCUGCCUCCUUCGCAGGGUGGGAAGUUUACUGGGUUUGGAGGUGGUUUGCCUCCGUCUACGGGUGGAGAGCGUCGCUCUUCGCCAUUUGGAGGAUUCGGUGGAUUCGGAGGCUUUGGUGGUGGUGGUGGUGGAAAUCAAGUCUUAGAUGAGUUCCAGAAAGAUCCCGUGGCUUCGAUUACCAAGGGAUUUGGAUGGUUUGCGUCGGCCGUUGGGAAGGGUGCGAAGACAGUGAAUGAUUCAUAUCUUCAACCUACUGCGAAGCAGCUCGCCGAGUCCGAAUUUGCAGCCCAGGCUCGUGCCCAAGCUGCUAACUGGGGUCAGAACUUACAGACUGGUGCCCGGGGCGCGGCUGAUCAAUUCAACCGGUUUGUUGAGGGCGAUGAAGGUCAUUCUGGCCAGCGAUCUCGUGUAGAGCCUGAGCGUCGGGACUUCUGGGACGACUUCUCAUCUUUGGCUUCACAGGAGCAGCAAGCUGCACAGGCUGGCCAUCGCCGCGGUGCCUCACGGUCCGAUGUUGUCGGUACAGCAGCUAUGCGCAAGACUCCUGCUACUGGUUCGUCAUUGGCGAACUCAUCUACAUCUACUGCUGAGACUACCACUACCCCGUCCGGGUUAGAAGGGAAGGAGAGUGGAGCAGCAUCAACCAAGGGGAAGGAUGACUGGGAUGAUAACUGGUAG